CUAGCGCCGGGGUUGAUCGGUCAAAAAAUAGGGAGGGGCUUGGGGGCAUAAUAAGCAGCUAGCUGCUUUGCUUAUUCGAACUAUCUUGACCUCACACAGCUAAGCCUCAAACACAACCAAUCGUCGCUCGCGAACCGGAUUCGCCCAGACUAGCGCUCCCAUCAGACAGAUAAUCCCCAUCGUUUGCUUUCACGAAAGCUGCUGAUGGUGUCGACUCGUUCUGUCUCCAGCAUUUCAGCCAGCAUUUCAGCAUCCACCAAAUCCACACCACCAUGACCCCCGAUCGAAGGACUAGGAAACUGUCGAGUCUUUCGAGCCAAGGAGACCAAGAUUCUUCAAGAUGCUCCAUCUCAGCAUAUGCUGCCAAUGAUUCCCGACAAUUCGUCGGCACGGCCGAAAAUGUCAACUUCUAUGGGGAUGCAACCCAGUUGCUUGAUGAUUCACACUUGCCCUGCGUGAAGGACGCGCGCUUCAGCUCAAUUGCUGAUAGUGAAGAGUCCCCCUACUGCCUCGAAAACACACGCGUGCAGAUCCUUGAGGGCAUUGACCAUUGGGCCAAUGAUCGCGAAGCUCCCUGCAUCUUUUGGAUGAGUGGCUUGGCUGGCACAGGAAAGUCGACGAUAGCCCGCACGGUAGCUCGUAAGUAUGAUGGCCAGAAUCGACUUGGGGCCAGCUUCUUUUUCUCCGUCCUCCAUAGUGACAUCAAGCGCACGACGAGCUUUGUGACUACAAUUGCGCGGCAGUUGGCGGACGCUGAUCCUUCUCUGCGUGAUGAAAUCAAAAACUCUGUUCGCCAAAGAAAAGACAUUUCCAACUAUUCUCUUGAGGAUCAAUGGCGUCGUCUGGUUCUCGAACCAUUCUCUAAGAUCAAACUAGAACCAGGUCGACUACCCUAUGUCUUGGUUAUUGAUGCCUUGGACGAAUGCGAAACUUCGGGUGGAAUCGCCACGAUCCUCCGUCUUCUGGCUCAAACACGAAUGCUAGAGUCUGGGAAAUUGCGUAUAUUCCUAACCAGCCGGCCUGAAACGAGGAUUGAGACCAGGUUUGACGACAUACCGCAAGAAAAGCGACGGUGCUUCAAGCUCCACAGUAUAGACGCGGAGAUCGUGAGCCAUGACAUAAGCGUUUUCCUUGCCCACAGGUUCAAAAUCAUUGCGAAAAAACAUCACCAAGGUAAAGACUGGCCUGGAUCAGACACAGUUGAGCUCCUGACUCAGAAAUCCGGUGGUCUCUUCAUAUGGGCCGCCACUGCAUGCAAAUUUGUCGGUUCAGACAGCCGUUUCUCCCGCCAGCGACUGAGUCACCUCCUCAACGAUAGCAUUUCCAUUGACGACCCAAAGUCGGAGCUAGACAAGAUUUAUCUCACCGUCCUUCGGAGUACUGUCUCAGAGCGACACACGACUGAAGAAAAAGUGUUCAUCUACAGCAUCGUUCGACUUAUCUUGGGAACAAUGGCUGUGCUCGUUUCUCCACUUCCGUACAAAACUAUCAGUAACCUUGAUAUUCAUCUUAACCUCAGGCACUUGAGCGCGAUUGUGGAUCUUCCUGAAGACGAUCAUCUGCCCCCUCGACUUCACCAUCCUACGUUGCGUGAAUUUAUAUUGGAUGAAGUGAGAUGUACCGAGCAAGCAUUUCAUGUGGACAAGAGGCAGACGCAUCUCACCUUGGCUGGGUGCUGGGUGAACAUCAUGUCUCAAUCAUGGACGUGUUCCCCACCUGGACAGGGGAUCUUCGCCUUGGAUAACCCUGCUGUUGCUGUGACCGAUGUUAGCCGGGGCCAACUGGAGCAGUGGUUACCAGCUGGCGUGCGCUAUGCAUGCCUUUACUGGGUCCACCACCUACAGCAGAGCGGUGCCAAAAUACAUAAGAACGACUCCAUUGAUCUCUUCCUCCGAAAACAUCUUUUACAUUAGCUAGAGGCUCUUAUUUGGAUGAGGAGACUUUCCGAUGGAGUUCGUGCCAUCGCCUCCCUGGAAUCC